UGAGAGAUUGUUGAUGCACUGAAGUAAAAAUACUGCAAUCCAACUUUUCAGGCGUGGAUGAGGACUUUCCUUUUAAGUACGGUCAAACAACGUGUUAGUGAGCAGAUUUCCUGCAAGGUGCGUGCUCGUUACUUCAGCAUCUUUAGACAUUUCCUCCACUUUCCCCAAAUCUUUCUUUUUUAUCAGUAUGAAGUGCAGAUAUGGCUAGGAGUAGCAAGUCAGUAGCAAGGACCCUGGAGGAUUUGACGCUAGAUUCGGGUUAUGGUGGAGCCGCCGACUCCUUCAGAUCUUCCAGUGCGUCGCUGUGCUGCUCAGAGGCACAUGGGGGAAAUUACUGGCAUUUAACCGACUCCAUGCACAGUCGACACAACAGCCUGGACACUGUUAACACGGUCCUGGUCGAAGACGCCGAGAUCCUGGAGUGCAGCGGGCAGUGCGCUAAACUACCCGAGCUUGAGGAUGUGCCGUGGAGCCUCGGGGAAGUGGCGAGCGCACUCAGCAAGGACAAGGAGAUGAGCCUCCCGACCCCCCCGCAGGACGUCCUGCACAGAUUCUCGGUGCUGGUCAGCCGCGUCCUGGUCAGGGUCGCCAAGGAGGCGCAGCGCUUGAGUUUGCGUUACGCCAAAUGCACUAAAUACGAGAUCCAAAGUGCCACAAAGAUCGUGCUGUCGUGGACGGUCUCGAUGAGCUGCAUCAGUGCGGCCGUCGGUGCCUUGUCCCUGUACAGCAUGAGCACGGAGGAGGACAAGUUCAGCCGCGGCAAGUCGGCGCGCUGCGGGCUCCUCUUCAAUGUGGGGAAGUUCUUCAGGUGGAUGGUGGACAGCAGGGUGGCGGUCAGGAUCCACGAGCACGCGGCGAUCUACCUGGCUGCCUGCAUGGAGAGCCUCUUCCGCGACGUGUACGCGCGGGUGCUGCGCAGUGCGCUCCUGGAGCGCGACAACGGGAUCCCCAAGUUCACCGUGGAGCUCCUGGAGCAGGCCGUCAGCGGUGAUGCAGAAAUAUGGGGCUCUCUGCAGCCCUGGCAGCACCUGAUUUGUGGGAAGAAUGCAAGCGGCGUGCUGAGCCUACCGGAGGGUCUGACUCUUCACAGGGACCAGCAGCAGCAGCGAGGUGGGAAAAGCGGGGAUGGGAACAGCUACAGUCAGACAGAACUGAGAUCCACUGAGCAGUGCUUACUGGCCACGAGGGUGGGGAGCAUCUCUGAACUCAGUGAUCUCGUGUCCAGAGCUAUGCACCAUCUUCAGCCGGUGUACACCAAGAACCACAGCAACGGGACACCGAUCCACCCAAAGUGCAACGUGAUUCACUGGGCUCCUGAAGCCAUCUACACACUGUGUUACUUCAUGCACUGCCCACACAUGGAGUGGGAGAACCCAAAUGUCGAGCCAUCCAAGGUCACAUUACAGACAGAGAGGCCGUUCAUGGUGCUGCCUCCUCUGAUGGAGUGGGUCCGAGUGGCCGUGGUCCACACCGAACACAGACGGAGCUUCUCGGUGGACAGCGAUGACGUCCGGCAGGCUGCCAGGCUGCUGCUGCCUGGAGUGGACUGUGAACCCCGCCAGCUCCGAACAGACGACUGCUUCUGUGCCUCAAGGAAACUGGACGCCGCCUCUACCGAGGCUAAGUUCCUGCAGGACCUGGGCUUCCGUAUGCUCAGCUGCGGACGCACGGACCUGGUAAAGCAGGCCGUCAACCUGCUUGGGCCAGAUGGAAUCAACAGCAUGAAUGAGCAGGGGAUGACACCGCUGAUGUACGCUUGUGUACGAGGAGACGAAGCCAUGGUGCAGAUGCUACUGGAUGCAGGAGCGGACAUUAACAGCGAGGUGCCAAACACAGUUCACAAGCAUCCCUCAGUCUUUCCCGAAACGCGGCAGGCGACGCCCCUCACUUUCGCUGUGUUACACGGACAUGUGCCUGUGGUGCAGCUGCUGCUGGAUGCCAGAGCCAACGUGGAGGGAUCCCUGCAGGACGGGAUGGAAAACUACACAGAGACGCCGCUGCAGCUGGCUGCCGCUGCAGGUAACUUUGAGUUGGUGAGUUUGUUGCUGGAACGGGGGGCCGAUCCCAUGGUGGGAACCAUGUACCGGAAUGGCAUUUCUACUGCGCCACAGGGAGACAUGAACUCCUACAGCCUGGCUGCAGCCCACGGACAUAGAAACGUGUUUCGUAAGCUGCUGUCCCACACAGAGAAAGGGAAAGGGGAUGUACUCUCCUUAGAGGAGAUGCUGGCUGAAAGUUCAGAGCUGGAAGCUGGAAGUUCGUCAUCUCAGCUUGACCUUGUUCGGACCGGAAAGGCCAAACUUAAAGCUCUUAAAGAAGCCAUGUACCACAGCUCUGAACACGGGCACGUUGACAUCACCAUAGACAUACGGAGCCUCGGGGUCCCAUGGACUUUGCACACUUGGUUGGAGUCUCUGCGAACGUGUUUUCAUCAGCACCGCCGACCUCUGAUCCAGGGUCUCCUGAAAGAGUUCAGCUGCAUCGAGGAAGAGGAGUACACAGAGGAGCUCAUCACGCAUGGCCUGCCACUCAUGUAUCAGAUCCUCAGGGCCAGCAAGAAUGAAGUGAUCAGUCAGCAGCUGGCUGCGAUCUUCACCCAGUGUUACGGCCCGUAUCCUAUCCCCAAACUGACGGAGAUAAAGAGGAAGCAGACAUCACGUCUGGAUCCUCACUUCCUGAACAAUAAGGAGAUGUCUGAUGUGACCUUUUUGGUGGAGGGGAAACCUUUCUACGCCCACAAAGUUCUGCUCUUCACAGCCUCCAACAGAUUCAAAAUUCUGUUAGCAAACAGACCUUGUGGUGAAAACACGUGCAUCGAAAUCAGCAAUGUCAAAUAUCACAUAUUUCAGCUGGUGAUGCAGUAUCUUUACUGUGGAGGGGCGGACGCGCUUCACAUCAGGAACACUGAUGUCAUGGAGCUCUUGUCUGCAGCCAAGUUUUUCCAGCUGGAAGCGCUUCAGAGACACUGUGAGAUCAUCUGCACGAAGAACAUCAACACGGAAACUUGUGUUGAGAUCUACAAUCACACAAAGUUCCUCGAUGCCCCAGACUUGGCGUCGUACAUCGAAGGCUACUUCCUGAAGAACAUGGUCAUCCUGAUUGAGCUGGAGCCGUUCAAACAGCUGCUCUACGAUGCUCCGCCUGAAGGCCCCGGCUCCGACGUCCUGCAGGCCUUGGAGAGAACCCUGGCCAUUCGAAUCCAGUCCAUCCACUUGUCUUCCUCCAAGGGCUCCAUCGUCUGAACUCUCAAUGCCCAAAACCAGAGUUUAACCAUCAGAUUUACAUCAGAGACACUAGAAUGAUUGCUGGAUUAUUUACGGUUAAAGAGUCCAUUUUAUGAUCCUCGUCUCUUUGAAACUCAUCAAACAGCUAAUAUGCUUCUUGUUAUCUUAGCACAGAUGGUUACGAGUCCAUCCGUCUGCCUUGUUGAUGUCUACUAACACAACUAUCACACAGUAGCCGUAUUAAGCAGAAACUUGCCAAUAACCAACCAAACGCAAUCAUCAGAGCUUCUGAACACACGGCUCAAUAAGCAACCCCCGCAUGGUGCGAGGGGGAACCGAUGCCUCGUGGUGAAACAUUUGGACCGGCACAGAAACAGAUUAUUUGUAUAUUUGUGAGUCACAUCUGUGCUGAUUACUCCAUGAAGCCAAACGAAGGAAAAGAAAAUGUGAUGUGACUGAAACACGCGAGCGUUUGGGACUGGGCAGAGCGGAGGACUUUUAAAACCUCCGCUGCUUUGUACAUUUUGUCAAAUAAAACAGAGAUAUUGUAAGUUAAUGUACAUAUAACCAUUGUUUAUUGUUUUUCUCAUGCGUCUCACUGUUGGAUAUUGUUGUAAAAACACAAAGUUCGUCUUAUAAAUAUCUGUGUUUGUGUUGCAUGUCAGAGAGAGGACUUCUGUUCACGCUGUUGGGACAUUUCCCAUUACGGAUCUAGUUUUCACCAUCAGCAUGAGUCACUAAUAACAUGUCGCCGUAAAACAGUGUCAUGUUUUUAUUUGUGGGAGGCCACAGGGCUGCACAGGAAUCGGUUAGGCGAUCACAUGAGACUUUCCUUUAUAAAUACCAGAGUAAACAACAAUAAGUUUGUUUUUAGUUUCAUGUGUUGCAAACAUUUUCUACCAGACAGAUCAAUCAAUAAUUCUGUUUGAUGGAAAAAAAGAAAAGAGAAAUUUAAGAGCUGCCUGCCGGUGCUUUGUUCUCAGCAGAAAAAGGUCAGAUCUCCAUUGGUUGGGGGUUUAAUGUGACACCCAGCAGCGCACACAGCACAGCCGUCCCAAAUGAUGAGGAAAAAAAACAACAGCGUACGAAAUUUGAUCCACAGCUCUCUCGUGGUUUGGAACCCCCAAAAUGUUAAUAAAACCUUAUGAACAACAU